AUGGAGGCUCCUCCUACAUUAUACAUUGCCCUGCCGGUCACCAAGCGCUUUCAGUGCCCUGUCUGUCGUGAGUCAGGUGUACUGACUAUCAGAAAGCGGGAGGGACUAAAACGGCACCUCACUCAGGACCAUGGGCCGGGUUGGGAACUCUCGUAUGUGUGCUGCGAUAUUGAGUUUAGUUGUCGUGAGUACAAGUACUCUCUCAAGAGAGCUAAGGCUCAUUUUGAGGAGCAGCACCAGGGAACACCAUUUGAGGUGGGGGAUGAGGACGAGUUGGGGAUCGCUUCAACAUCCUUUGACGGCCUGCAGGACCUCAUUUUGCGGGUCGCCACCCCUGCUCGUCCUACACAGGAGUCUCAGGCGUCACCUGCCCCCACAUCUUCAUCAUCAUCUUCCCCUGAGUCGCCGCCCACCCUCCAGCGGGCUGGAUCAGCGGCGGCAAGAGCGCGGAAUGCCCUGAGACGUCGCCGUCUGCCAGAGGAUCGGGAAUUGACCCCUCCCAGGGUCCCCUUAGACCACCCUCCACCUGCUGGACUACCUUCUCCGCCCUCUCCGCCGCCGCCUCUGCCUUCACCGGUACAUCCGCCCUUGGCACCGCCUCCACCUUCGCCGGAGCCUUCGCCCGGCCGCCCCCCUUUGCCGGACCCCCCACCAUCUCCGGCUGCGCCGUGUCACGGAGCCAUGCCGCUUGGCCGUCGCUCACCUGGAGCUCCAGACCCUCCGCCUGAUCCUCCGUCGCCUGGGUUACCUCCUGGCUCUCCUGCUGAGCUUCCUGACCACCUCACAGCUUGGCAGCGUCAGUGGCUGCCCCGAUUCAUCCCGGGGACCCCAUGGGACGAGUUCAUCGUCGCUCUGGAUGGUUCAGUUCACUCUCGACGGCACCGCAGCCCACAAAUCCUCCUAGGCUUCCUCGUCGCCGUGCUGCUGCCGCGCCGCGUGACAAUCGCCGGGACGUCAGGGAGGCCGCAAGGCUCCAGCGCCUCUACCGACGGGCUCCUCGGAAAGCGAUGA